AUGGAGGUUGUAAGAAGACUCAUCCUUUUGGCCGUUUUGGUUACAUCAUAUUUGGCAGAGUUGAGUUUGACCGAGUCUGAAGGUAAAUCGAACUGCACAGCCAGCCUGGGAGGCACCAGCAUGAGUGAGGUCCACAAUGCCAUGAUCCUGCAACUCAAUCCCGAUGAGAACUGCACCUGGACGAUAGAAAGGCCAGAAAACAAGAGUGUUCGCAUCAUCUUUUCCUACGUCCAGCUGGAUCCAGACGGAAGCUGUGAAAGUGAAAACAUCAAAGUGUUUGAUCGGACCUCUACCGCAGGGCCUCUGCUAGGGGAGGUCUGCAGUAAAAAUGACUUCGUUCCCGUAUUUGAAUCAUCAUCCAACACACUCACGUUUCAAAUAAUCACUGACUCCACAGUCAUUCAAAGAUCUGUCUUUCUUUUCUACUACUUCUUCUCUUCUGGAACGUCUAUUCCAGACUGCGGGGGCUACCUGGAUGCCUUUGAAGGUUCCUUCACCAGCCCCAACUACCCAAAGCCACAUCCUGAACUGGCCUAUUGUGUGUGGCACAUACACGUGUAGAAAGGUUACAAGAUAAAAUUAGAGUUCAAAGAGAUUUUCCUAGAAACAGACGCAUACUGCAGAUUUGAUUUUAUUGCUGUUUACGAUGGCUCCUCCACGGACUCUGGCCUGAUCGCACAAGUCUGUGGCCUCACGAAGCCCACCUUUGAGUCCUCCUCAGACUCCUUGACUGUCGUGUUAUCUACAGAUUAUGCCAACUCCUACCGGGGCUUUUCUGCCUCCUACACUUCAGUGUACGCAGAAGAGGUCAACACCACAUCUUUAACUUGCUUCUCUGACAAGAUGAGAGUUAUCCUAAGUAAAUCCUACCUGGAAUCGUUUAACUAUAAUGAGAAUAACUUACAGCUUAUUGACCCAACUUGCAGACCCAAAGUAUCAAAUGUUGUGGAGUUUUCUAUCCCUCUUGAUGGAUGUGGUACAAUCAAAAAGGCAGAAGACCAUUCAAUUACUUACACGAAUAUAGUCACUCUUACUCCGUUGUCGACUUCUGCAGUGAUAACCCAUCAGAAACGUCUCCAGAUAAUUGUGAAGUGUGAGAUGGAGAAUAACUCGACCCUGGAGAUCAUGUACGUGACAGAAGACGACAUAAUACAAAAUCAGAAUGCACUGGGCAAAUAUAACACGAGCCUGGCUUUUUUUGAAUCCAAUUCAUUUGAAAAACCUGUUGUUGAGUCACCGUACUAUGUGUUUUUGAACCAAACUGUUUUUGUCCAAGCCAGCCUACACACCUCAGAUCCAAAUCUGGUGGUGUUCCUUGAUACCUGCCUAGCCUCUCCCACUUCUGACCUCGCAUCUCCCACCUAUGACCUCAUCAGGAGCGGAUGUAGUGAAGAUGAGACUUGUAAAGUAUAUCCCUUAUCUGGACACUAUGGAAGAUUCCAGUUUAACGCCUUUAAAUUCUUGAGAAGUCUGACCUCUGUUUAUCUCCAGUGUAAAAUUCUGAUAUGUGAUAGUAAUGACCCUCAGUCUCGCUGCAAUCAAGGCUGUGUCUCUAGAAGAAAACGAGACAUUUCUUCAUACAAAUGGAAGACUGAUUCAAUCAUAGGUCCCAUUCGUCUGAAAAGGGAUCGAGGUGCAAGUGGAAAUUCAGGAUUUCAGUUACCUGCAGAAGAAUCUCCGAAUCAGCCUUUCAACAGUCUGCAUUUGUUUUCAUUCAUGGCCCUUGUUCUGAAUGUAGUGAUUGUGGGUGCUGUCAUAGUGAGGCAUUAUGUAAAUCGAAGAACAGCCUACAAGUACCAGAAGCUGCAGAACUACUAA